CAAGUUGUUGCUUUGGCAAAGCCACUCUGCAAGUCCCUGAGAAAAGCACGACUCUGUUUGACAGCCAUUUUGGCACGAAACCUCAGAAAAAAUGAUCGGUGUCAAAGCUGACACUCUGCGCCAAGCACCCUUUGAUGUCACACUUUGUCACACCGAAAAGGUUGCACCAUUUGCCAAUUCGAGUUUUUUGAAGGAUUGAACACUUUCUUGCAUGCCAUUGCCAUCUUUCGAGCUUGCUACCCAACAUUUCUUCAGCCUGUUCUGAUCGAGGCGACAGAGCAGAAAGCCAAGGGAGGACGUGGUUCUAGACCGUCUUACUGCCCACUUCAAAGGUCAAAGCUAGCUUUUCUGACAGCGGUUAGCCUCGCAAUGGACCAAGCGCAGAUCGGGCAGCUGAAGGUUGCCGAGUUGAAAGAGGAGUUGAAAAAGAGGGGUCUUCCGCUCAAGGGAUUAAAGGCGGAGCUUGCAGAGCGGCUAUCAGAAGCGGUUCGGCAGGAAAGCCAACCAGUACUCAUAGAGUCUGAACAGCUUGAGGCAGAGGCAAAAACCAACACUGUUGCCGACCAAGAUGGAGCGGCUGAUGAUGUCGCAAAUCAAAUGGAGAUUGCAGAGAUCGCCAAGAAGCAAGAGGAUCUUUCUGCAGAACCAGAGAUGGUUGCAGAUGGAAAGGCAACUACAGAAGACCCUCCGGUGCUGUCUCCAGUGGCGGAGACUUUGAUUAUUGGAAAGACAGAGAAGGAACAGCAGCCGGCUGAAGCAGAUGCCCACAUCUCAGCCAGGGGCCCUUUUGAAAUUGAAGCUCCUGCAGCAACAGCCCCUGAGGAUUAUGGACGGGACACUGCGCCAGCACUGCCUGCGGAGAAUGGAAGCAAGGAGGACGCUAAGCCUGAGCUGCAUUCUGACACUCAGAUUGAAGACACCCGCCUUGACGAUCCCAAAGCGCCUGAGGCUGGCCCUGCAGAGGUUCCUGUGGGAGGUCCACCACCCGAAGCUCCUUCCGUAGAAAAAGCGGGAGACCUUUUGAAACCUGAAGCGUCUGAUGGUGCUCUGGGUCCAAGUGAGGGAGGAGGCAGGGCAGAGGGCGAAGCGCUUGAGAAUGCUCAGCCCAAGACAGUGGAACAGCCUCCAACAACUGAGCAUCCCGACAGGAGCGGAGUCGACACGAGCGUUCCAAGCAGUAGUGCAAUGGAAGAGGAGCAAGGUGAAAUGGGCAAAGAACCCAGGCGAGAGAGCGGCGUAAAGAGGAGUCAGAAGGAAGAUGGGAGGUUGGAGAAUGGAGGUGAAAAGGAGGGCCGCCCUGCUAAGUUCCAGAAAGUGGAGGCAGCGAAAGAGCGAAGUGUGCAGACCAGCAAGCCCGUUCAAAGGCAUGACAGUCCAGACAAGAAGGAGGAUACACAAGGCAAGCCUGCAGAGCAGGAGAAGAGCGUAAGACCUGCAGACAGGACCCAGACGAGGCCAAUUGCUCGCCUGGCAAUCAGGAGCAAUGGAGAGGCGGGGAAGAGAGAUGUCCCGGCUUCUGCGCGUCCAGCAACCCGUUCGGUGCGUGUCAACAACCUUGUCCGGCCAUUUACUGAGAGGGCCCUUCGUGCGCUGCUGAGCGAAACUGGAACCAUUGAGGAGAACGGAUUCUGGAUGGACUCGAUCAAGACGCACUGCUUUGUCAUGUUCAAAUCCGUCGAGGACGCCGUGCGCACGCGGGAGGCCCUGUUCAACUUGCAGUGGCCUCCCUUGGGGGGCAAGCACUUGGUGGUCAGCUUCGUUGCAGAGUCGGAAGUAGAGAGCAGAGUGAAGGGGGCUGCCGUGCCUCCUCCGCCAAAUGCUGCGGCGGCGGCCAGCCGAAGCGCCGGAAAAGAGGAGGCUGCCAAGGGGACGGCAAGUCAGAGGGUGGUGCUCCCUGUGAAGGAGAGGCUGACUCUACCGGUCGCUGAGAAGCCCGUUCCAGUAGUGGCAGAGCCUGCCAUGCGGUCGCUUGACGAUCUCUUCCGGAAGACAACCGCCAAACCAUGCAUCUAUUGGCUCCCCUUGACGGAAGAACAAGUUAAAGAACAGAAACAAAAAGAAGAAAAUGCACCACCAGGCAAAGGGACUGCUGCGUAGUUGGCUUUGCACUUCGGAGCUACAUCUACUUUGUACUUCGAGCAGAAGUUGAUCAACGAUACAUGCGAGGCGUCAAAGACGAGGUCUUCUAUGCUUCACCUGCUCCAUUUCUGAGCAUCUCUUUUUCAUCCCGUGACACAUGCU